UCCCCCCCCACCUCACCGGCUGCCUAUCCAACAACAUGGAGACGUUCAACUGCAGAUGGAGUGUCGGAAGUUUCCAGAACCUCUCAGAACCAGGAGAUCUGCGUCUGUUCUACUACAACAGAAAGCCCCUCACAGCCCCUCAGGAAAACUGGAGUGAAUGUCCGCAGUACAGCAUGGAGAGGCCAAACGAGUGCUUCUUCGAUCAGAACCACACCACCAUCUGGACCACUUACACCAUUCAGCUUCGUUCCAGGGACCAGGACGUCCUCUACGACGAGACUCCCGUCGAGGUUUCAGUCAUCGUUAAACCCGACCCACCUGUGGGAUUAAACUGGACGCUGAUGAACGUGAGCUUGACCAGUGCGCAUUUUGACAUCAUGCUAAGUUGGAAGCCUCCGCGGUCUGCAGACGUGGAGACGGGAUGGUUGACGCUGCUUUACGAGGUCCAGUACCGCGAUGUGGAUUCUGACGAGUGGAAAGUGAUGAAUCUUGUGAAAAGUCCACAUCGCUCCGUGUUCGGCCUUCAAACAAACGUCCACCACGAAGUCCGGGUUCGCUGCAAAAUGCUCGGGGGGAAGUUAUUCGGCGAAUUCAGCGACUCUGUGUUCGUGCACAUCUCAUCUAAAGUUUCCAGGUUUCCAGUGGUGGCCCUGCUGAUGUUUGGGGUCUUCUGUCUGGUGGCCGUCCUCAUGUUCGUCGUCAUAUUACAGCAAGAAAAGUUGAUGUUUAUUCUUUUGCCUCCUGUUCCUGGACCUAAAAUCCGAGGAAUCGACCCGGAUCUUUUAAAGAAAGGAAAGCUUCGAGAGCUGACGUCCAUCCUUGGUGGUCCUCCCGACCUGAGACCAGAGCUCUACAACAGCGACCCCUGGGUGGAGUUCAUCGAUCUGGACAUUGAGGAUCAAAAUGAAAAACUGACCGAUCUGGACACAAACUGCCUGAUGGACCACUCCCUGUCCACCAACUACUCCCCACUCUCAGGUGGCUUCAGAGAUGAUGACUCGGGUCGCUCCAGCUGCUGUGAACCAGAUCUGCUCAGCGAGUCAAACUCCUCACCCAUCCACCCUUUCACCCAAAACCAGACCCUGCUUAAGGAAGCACCAUAUCAGAAAGCCUCCGAUCUGGGUUUCGGGGUCCAAAGCUCCACCAGGGUGGACCCUUCUUUGGUAUCACCAUGCAGAGAGGCGGUGUACACCAUGGUCAGUGAGGUCAGGUCAUCUGGGAAUGUUCUGCUGUCGCCUGAGGAGCAGACUGAGGUGGAGGAAAAUACUCACAAAGAGAUCGUGAUGGAGAAAGAAGAGGAACCGAAACAAGUUCAGCUUCUUUUGAUGAGUUCAGAUCACAGAGAACUCUCCAAAAGGACCCUUCAAGAUCCCUUCCAAUCUGGAGUUAACCCAAAUCCCACACACUAUCCUUCUCCUAACCAGGAUUCCAGUACCAUCCCCCAGUCUCCCCUAACCCCAGCACCAGUCUACACGGUGGUGGAGGGGGUCGAUGGACAGAACAGCCUUUUACUUACACCAAACUCAUCGCCAACCCCCCACCUAAUAAUCCCAAAGGCUGGUCCAACGCCGGACGGCUACCUGACACCCGAUCAGCUGGGAAGCAUCACGCCAUAAAUCAGAAGAGAACACAAAGACCAUUUCAGACCGAAAGGAGAACAAAUCCUGGACUGUUGAGUUGAAUUUCAGCUCACCAUACUCAGUGUGGGGGUGGGGGGUAACUCUACCUCAUACAUGGCAUCUCCUUAUGGGACUUUUAGGGCAAAGAUGGUUAUGUCACUGGAAAAUCCAGAGAAGGCUGGCGCUGAGAACAAACCCAGGAUUUAAGUCCACCUUCAGUCAGAUUGUUGGUGUAGAUUUUCACGUAUCUGGGUCAUGGAAUGCUUAUGGAGAUCUGAAUGACAAGGAAGACCAAUCUUAAUGUGACCACACGGUGGUUAGACAUAUAUAUGACCACAUGGAGCAAGAAUGGUCUCUUAACUUCCUGACAGACAGACUUAUCGUGAUGUUUCGGCCACCAAGAGGGAAAGUUGUUUCCUGCUUGUAGACCAGCAAGAGUUCAUGUAGCCGGAUUCCUGUUGAAUCAGGUUCUCAUUUGUUCUCAUUUGGUUUCUAAAAAUUGGAUCAGUUAAAAUUUCUUGUUUCAUUGUAAGAUUUUUUUUAAAGAGCAAGUCACCCCCAUAUCAACUUUUUUGCUGAUAAACUACAUAAGUGCGUGUCUAAUCGUGCUGCAGACACGUGUCGUCAAUAGUUUUGCACUUUAUUGCAUUUUAGUUAAAAUUUAAAUUUCCUGCCUAAAACUGUCAGUGUUGUGCCGUUGUCAGGUAAAAUCUCUGCACUGCAUUUGAAUUUAAAUCUGCCAUCGCUAUUGGCUAAGAGGUACCUUAGAACGUUAGCUGGUACCAUAUGAUGUCACAAUGUCGUUGUGAGCCUGUGUGUAUUUGUUAGUGGCUCCGCCCUCUCGGUCUGCUAGGCAACAGCAUUUGUUGCAUUUUUCAAACAGGAAGUGGGAGUGGAGUAAUACUCUGGUAGGGGGUGACUUGCUCUUUAAAGGUGUGCAUGGGGUG